AUGGUGGUGGUGACGGCGGCGGCAACGUUCACGCGGCAUAUGAGCAGCACAUACGACCGGCGAGUCGUCCGGAUGUCUGCGAAGGCCCGGAGCAAGGAACGCCGUGCGCACCUGAAAGAUCAUUCCGCGCUCGUUCGCAUCAGCGCUGGUGUCCGAGUCCACGUCCGCGCUCACCUCGUCAAUUGA